AUGGAGAGGAUUGACAGCACCUUGAAGUGCACAAGCCGAAAAUAUGCUUUUAAGGCUAUUAACCAGGGUGGCCUUACAUCAGUAGCUGUCAGAGGGAAAGACUGUGCAGUAAUUGUCACGCAGAAGACAGUACCUGACAAAUUAAUAGAUUCCAGCACAGUGACUCACUUAUUCAAGAUAACUGAAAACAUUGGUUGUGUGAUGACCAGAAAGACAGCUGACAGCAGAUCUCAGGUGCAGAGGGCACGCUAUGAGGCAGCUAACUGGAAAUACAAGUAUGGCUAUGAGAUUCCUGUGGACAUGCUGUGUAAAAGAAUUGCUGAUAUUGGCCAGGUCUACACACAGAAUGCUGAAAUGAGGCCUCUUGGUUGUUGUAUGAUUUUAAUUGGUAUAGAUGAAGAGCAAGGCCCUCAGGUAUAUAAGUGUGAUCCCGCAGGUUACUACUGUGGGUUUAAAGCCACUGCGGCAGGAGUUAAACAAACUGAGUCAAUCAGCUUCCUUGAAAAAAAAGUGAAGAAGAAAUUUGAUUGGACAUUUGAACAGACAGUGGAAACUGCAAUUCCAUGCUUGUCUACUGUUUUAUCAAUUGAUUUCAAACCUUCAGAAAUAGAAGUUGGAGUAGUGAGAUUUGAAAAUCCUAAAUUCAGGAUUCUUGCAGAAUCAGAGAUUGAUGCUCACCUUGUUGCUCUAGCAGAGAGAGACUAAACAUUGUCCUUAGUCUGCCAGAUCCAUGAUGUCACUUACCUGUGUGUUUGGUAAAAACAGACCAACAUUACGGAGAUCCCUGGAUUGAAAAACGAGCCUCUCCCAUUCCUCCUACCACCGAAGUGGUUAGGACUCUAUGUAAAUAAAAACAGUGCUUUUGGA